AUGGCUCCGCGGAGUCGACACAACAAAUCCUCGAGCAUCGCGUCAAGCACUGGUGCAGCCGACGCCGUCAAUGGCAUAUUAGCCGGCACCCCGGGCUCGAAACCGUCCUCUCCUGCUGGGACCACGACGCGCAGACGACGUCAAUCGCGGUCGACUACAUCUCCACCGGGCUCGCCCGUCGUAGCUGUGUCAAAGCCAGUCGCGCGGGGCGCACAACCUGUCGUUAUCGAGGAAAGGGAAUUCGAGCCGCUCAAGUUUGCGGCAAGUGUGGUGUUGAGCGCGGUGCUGGAAGCGGCCUUACAAACCGCGGCUGCAACGGUCGGAGUAGGAGAUCUAGCUGCAGUCUCUAGGAGGCCGGGCACAUGGGCUGAGGUGCUCGGGCUGUUGGGUUGGAAAGUGGUCAAGUUGGGAAUAUACUGGGUCAGCAACUUCGAUGCCUACGACGUCGCGUCCCUCUCCCUUCUCCUCCACACACCUCAGGCGAUCCUCCUCGGCCUGUUCUACCAAAUUUCCCCCAUUACGUUGGCUUCCAUAGCCGUCUCCGCCAUCGUCGCCAACUCCCUCCCUUACUACUUUGUGCGACCUCUCUCCCUGUCUCAUAUACCAAGCUACGCGCCCAAAUCCAGCCUUCGGAACCGUCCCAUUCUUACAGAUCCGUACACAACCCUGGCAACAUCUCUACUCGCGACCGCAAUCUUUGCCGUUCUCCUAGAAGCGUCCUUUGCAACGUACCUCCCCACAUGGCUGAUCCUGCAUUUCGUGGGACUCAGAACGCUUGAACCUGCACACUUGGGUCCUGCGGGCCUUCCUACCCUCCUACUUGCGCUCCUCCCCGCGGGGUACGCCAUGAUGGAGUUCCUCUUCGCGCCGUCCACGGCCGCCACCAGCUCGACCGUCGUCAUUUCGCCAGAAUCGGGGCCCAUGCUGGCAUUCAAUCCGUCCACCGCCACGUUCUGGGACCAUAUCCACUAUAACUCGUGGGGUUGGUACUCUGCACGGCAGAAGGAACUCAUCCGUCGGACGGUGGUGCUCGCAGGAUUGCUCCUCAGUGAGACGGUGCUGACGACGUGGGGAACCGUCGAGGGCGUCGAACUUCAAGGAGCACUCGGCUAUGCCGGCGUCUGGGUGAUUGGCGCAAUUGUCACUGGCGCGGUGUUGGAUUGGGUCGGCGGCCCAAGCGAUUGA